AUGGUUACCUACAAGGAAAUUCAAGCUUCCAACGCACUCAUCAGCGAAUCCACUGCUCCCCGUAUCGCCAUAUUCGUCGGCGGUACAUCAGGCAUCGGAAAAAUCACAAUCAAAGCCUUAGUCGCUACGGGCACGAGCAUAAGAAUCUACUUUAUCGGGCGCAAGUGUUCAUCGGAGCGCACGCAUGCCUUCAUCCAGGAAUUACAGGCUAUAAACCCCCGUGCAGAAAUUAUCUGGACCGAAGGCGAAGUCUCACUCCUGGCAGAAACAAAGCGAGUAUGCGAGGUUAUCGCAAAGAAAGAGUCGCGCCUCGACUUAUUAUUCAUUACGACGGGUUACGCACCAUUCGGCGCACGAAUGGAGACUAUCGAGGGCUUGGAAAUUACCCAGAGUCUGGCGUACUACUCACGAAUCAUGUUCAUGUUGUGUCUCCUUCCACUCCUGCGGAAAGCGGAAGCUCCCAGGGUUGUUAGUGUCCUCGGUGGCGGGAUGGAAAGGGGGAACAUCAACUUGGAGGAUAUUGACCUGAAGAAACCUGGGAAUUUCGGACCUAUGAAGGCUCAAAUGCAAUAUAUUGGUAUGAAUACCAUGAUUAUGGAGAAACUGGCUAGUGAGAAUCCUGAUGUGACGUUUAUACAUUCCUGGCCUGGGUGGGUGAAUACGGGGAAUGUGUGGAGGGGAACGGAUCCGAAUUCGAUGAUGGGUUGGAUUAUUUGGUUGUUCCUUGUGCCUCUUAUUGGUUUAUUUUCUUUUAGUGAUGAGGAGUCGGGUCAAAGACAUUUAUUCCAAUGUACAAGCGCUGCUUUUGGGGCUCGCGGUGUACCGUGGAAGGGCAAGGUAGGUGUUAAUGCACUGGGGAAGCAGGAGGAUGGACUCUUUCUUGUGAACUACAAGUGUGACUGUACGCCCAACGUGGGGGUUGUGUCUACGCUUCGAGAGAAGACGCAGGGGAAGAUUUGGGAUCAUACACAAAGCGUUCUUCGUCAGUAUAUGCAGGAAGGAUGA